AUGUUGUCACAGAAGAAACCACACACGGCCAUUACGGUCCUCAUCGAGAAUCUCACCAGCGGAGAUCCCAGUAUCACUCAGAUCGACGAUCUCAGUGGACUCCCCGAGCUCGUCGAAGUGAUCAAUCUUCAACCGUCGGGCGGUCCCACCGAAGCUGCCCGUGCUAUCAGGAAGAAGCUCAAGUAUGGCAGUACUUACCGCCAACUGCGUGCCCUGACUCUCCUCGAUGCGUUGAUUCAAAACGCCGGGUCGAACUUCCAGCGAAACUUCGCGGACGAAGCCCUCCUUGAGCGCCUCCGUUUCUGCGGCAGUGCUGGCCUUUCCAGUCCUGAGGUGAAGACGAAGUGCGGCGAGUUGUUCCGCAGAUGGGCUGCCCAGUAUAAAAACACUCCUGGGAUGGGUGGGGUCGUUAGUCUCUACAGAGAACUACCAAAGCGUAAGCGUGUAGUCACUCAGGAGCAGUCUCGGGUCAUCCGGGAGACAGAAAAUCCGUUUGGUGAGGAUGAAGAGGAGGAGGCCAAACCCAGCCCAGCAAGCCCCCCAGGAGGUCAUUCGAGAGCGACAUCCCUUUCAGGCACCCUGACACAGCGCCAUCCGGCAAAGAGCUAUGAUGCAAAGAACACCAAGAAGGAUAAAAAGGACAAGAAGAGCAAAAAGACAAAAGCGUUCAACUUUGAGGCUGAGAAGGACCAAAUGAAACUACACAUUGGCGAGGCGUUCUUCGAAGCUACGAAUCUGACGAACACCUUGCAAAGCAUUGACCGAGAACGGGAACGGAUCUCUGAAAAUCAGCUCGCGGCCAAGAGGUUCGAGCAUUGCAAGCAACUUCGCCGAAAGAUCCUGCGCUAUAUUCACCACGUCGAGGCAGAGGAGUGGUUGGGAAAUUUGCUGAACGCCAACGACGCGCUGGUCACAGCUCUCAUGACCUUUGAGCAGCUCGACCGCUCGAUCGACGCAGACAGCGACUCAGACGACGAGCUUGCAGAACAGGCUCAUCUCUACCGCAUGGUCAUCGAAAAAGGCAAAGGCCGCGACCCAGCCUCCCCGACCGCCAGCUCCCCACCCACAGACGGCAUCGCAAAUCUCAACCUCGGCUCCCCCCAGUCAUCCUCUUCCGCCGCCCUCCCCACACCGACCACCCCUCGUCGUCCUCCGCCACCACCCCGGCCGUCCGGCGCCACGAAGCCGGCGCAUUUCUCUUCGCCUCCGCCACAGCCGCCACGACCGACAGCGGCAGCCGCAGAUUCUGACGCUGCCGACUCGGAGGAAGAGGUUGAGGAUGAUGAUGAGGGAAAUCCCUUUUCUGAUCGCAAUGAGGUGGUGAAGGCUGAGUAG